CCGGCAGUCACCAGCUCUUUCCCACAGGUUCCUGAUGGGCAGAGGAGCCGCUGCAGCCGGGAAGUCUCAGAGCGCUUGGUGCCUCGGCCGGGGCCGUAGUUAGGACUCGAUCUUGUGUAGCACCACGCAGCCGCCUGCGCGAGCGGCGCGCGGCCAGGCGACACGAUGGCCUUCUCCCAGGUGCAGUGUCUGGACGACAGCCACGUGAACUGGCGCUCGAGCGAGUCCAAGCCCGAGUUCUUCUAUAGCGAAGAGCAGCGGCUGGCGCUGGAGGCCCUGGUGGCCCGCGGCCGGGAGGCUUUCUAUGAAGUGCUUCAGCGCGAGAACAUCCGCGACUUCCUCUCGGAGUUGGAACUCAGGCGCAUCUUGGAAACCAUCGAGGUGUACGACCCAGGCUCGGAGGAUCUGCGAGGCAAUAGCCUCGCUCAGGGGCCCCAGGACAAUGGGGUAGCUAACUGCGGAGAGGAAGCCCUCGAGGCAGACGGAACCCCUACCGAGGCCGAGCCGCCCCCCUCGCUGGAGUACUGGCCCCAGAAGUCCGACCGCUCCAUCCCGCAGCUGGACCUGGGCUGGCCCGACACCAUCGCCUACCGCGGCGUUACUCGGGCCAGCGUCUACAUGCAGCCCCCGAUGGAGGGGCAGGCGCAUAUCAAAGAGGUGGUGCGCAAGAUGAUCAGCCAGGCCCAGAAGGUGAUAGCUGUGGUCAUGGACAUGUUCACAGAUGUGGACAUCUUCAAGGACCUGCUAGAUGCUGGCUUCAAGAGGAAGGUGGCUGUGUACAUCAUUGUGGAUGAGAGUAACGUCAAGUAUUUUCUACACAUGUGUGAGCGGGCCCGCAUGCACCUGGGACAUAUCAAGAAUCUUAGGGUGCGCAGCAGUGGAGGAACUGAGUUCUUCACCCGGUCGGCCACUAAGUUCAAGGGUGCUCUGGCCCAGAAGUUUAUGUUUGUGGAUGGAGACCGAGCAGUGUGCGGCUCCUACAGCUUCACGUGGUCAGCCGCGAGGACGGACCGGAAUGUGAUCUCCGUGCUGUCUGGCCAGGUGGUGGAGAUGUUCGACCGGCAGUUCCAGGAGCUGUAUCUCAUGUCACAGGGUGUGAGCCUCAAGGACAUCCCCAUGGACAAGGAGCCAGAACCAGAGCCCGUUUUGGUACCUGCUGUGGUCCCCCUGGUGCCUGCGGGCUCUGUGGCCAAGAAGCUCGUUAAUCCCAAAUAUGCGCUGGUCAAAGCCAAGAGUGUUGAUGAGAUUGCCAAGACCUCUUCCUCUGAGAAGCAAGAGGUCAAGAGGACCCCAGGGCUGCGGGGCCCUGUACUGGCCGAGCGGCCGGGUGACCUCCCUGAGGUGCUACUGCCUAUCCACCCGGGACUGCUCAACCUGGAGAGGGCCAAUAUGUUUGACUACCUGCCCACAUGGGUGGAGCCAGACCCAGAACCUGGCAGUGACAUCCUAGGCUACAUCAACAUCAUUGAUCCUAACAUUUGGAAUCCCCAGCCCAGCCAGAUGAACCGCAUCAAGAUCCGUGACACCUCCCAUGCCAGCAUCCAGCACCAGCUAUGGAAGCAGAGCCAGGAGGCCCACCCUUCUCCAGGGCCCAGCAGCCCCCAGCACAGCAUCCCAGCCGAGAAUGGCUUCCCCCAGAGGGACCUUGAGCCACAGCCUCCUGUGCCCAAGCCCCGGACAGUCCCUGUGGCAGACCUACUUGCCCAGGAUGGCAGUGGUGUUGACUGGGCCCAGGAGGCCUCCGAAGAGGAAAUGACUCCAAAUGGGACAAACCUUGGGGUGCCCAGGAGAGUGGACUCAGGCCAAGCCCCGCUCCAGCGGCAACUGUCUGUGCCCCAGGAUGACUCUGAUGGCCUGGGGGCAGGGCUUCCCAAUGGGCUGGAUGGGGAGGAGGAGGAAGAGGAAGAAGACGAUGAUGAUUACGUGACCCUCAGUGACCAGGACAGCCUCUCAGGCAGCUCUGGCCGUGGCCCUGGUCCCCGGCGACCCUCAGUGGCUUCUUCCAUGUCAGAUGAGUACUUUGAGGUGAGGGAGCGCUCAGUCCCCCUCCGGAGGCGCCACUCAGAGCAAAUGGCCAAUGGGCCAGCCCAGCUACCCCGCCGACAGCUGAGUGCCCCCCAUAUAACCAGAGUGACCUUUGGUGGACCCCAGGGUGGCUCCUCGUGGGUACAAGGUCGGAUAAGAGAAGAGUCAGAUGCAUCGAGGAGGAUGCAGGCCCAGCGCUCUGGGGACAAGGAGGCACAGGGCCAGCAGUUCCACCGCUACGGGGGCCCUGCCUCGAGGACCCCAGGACCUCCCCGCUACUGCCCUGCUGUUGAUGGCACCCAGAGCUCUCCAAGGAAAGCCAGCCUGGCUAUGGGAGGCCCCUACCCCUGGAAGCCCAAGGCUGGCCCAAUACCCCGUGUACUGCCCAGUCCUGGGAGCCCAAGGCCGGCACGAAAUACCCGCAUCCUGGCUGAUGGCAGGGCUGCUGAGGAGCAUCCGAGUCCCUUCGGAAUCCCGUACUCCAAACUGUCUCAGUCAAAGCACCUUAAGGCCAAGUCAAGUGGCAGCCAGUGGGCCUCAUCUGAUUCUAAGCGGAGGGCCCAGGCCCUCCAGGACCACAAGGACCCCUAGGAGCCCAGCCUGGGCUGGACCCACCAGAGUCUGCUCUGGAGCGGGGUGGGCAGCCAACACUGACACUCACCUGGUCAGUGCACCAGUACCAGGUGGCCAUGAUGGUUAGGCCGAAGGUCAUUCCGGUCCAUGGGAGGUCUCCAGUAUGGGGGUCCCGAAACAUGUGCAUGGCGUCUGCCCGUGGCAGGUGGCAGGUUGUGUUGGCAAUGGUCCUGGAGGGUAUGGCCCGGGCAUACACUGCUUCCAGCUGUCCGUAACCACCAAUCUGGUCAAAAGCUGGAGGGAGACAGGUGUGACAGGGGCCACUUGGUGGUUGGUGGCCCUGGCUCCAGCUCUCCUUGCCCUCAUCUCACAAGUAACUUUGUAAAGCAUCAAACUGGAGUUUUUCCCACCUUGCCUUUCCUGGUGUUUGGAAAGGUGUGGUGAGUAGCGGGUUUAGAAAACAAGGUAAAUUUAAAAUAAUUAUUUUAUUUGUAUUUAAAGUAAUACUAUUAAAUGAGCAUUUUGCACGUGGGCACCAUGGUGUCCUGUUGGCCGGAAGGGAAUCACUGCUGGUCUCCAGAGGCUUGUUGGCCUCAGGUAAGGGGUUCUUUGCCAUCCAAGGAGGCAAAAAUAGUUUUCUCAGCAUCCUGAGCACCUCCCUGAGGCAUGUGAAGUGGUACGGUCCUGCUUCAGGGUUUACAAAGGGUGUAGUUUCACUAGUGCUAAAAAUGGCUGCUCGUGAUGUGGCUCUUUCCAGCCUGUUGGGUGGGUGGGACUACAGCCAGGGGUCUUGCCUCUUGAGUCCAGAGCACGUCUGUUCUCUCUGUUCCCGUCUACCUCGGGGUCAGGUCUCUGCAUGGCCAAGCUUUGGCCUAACUGGCUUUGCUAUAUGUGUGGUCUCUCUCCUCCUAUCUAGAUUGGGCCUGGCUGGCUGGUCCCUGAUCUAAGAGAGGAAACCUGGGCGUAGGAAAACCCACCUCUGCCCCAGGCCUUGUUGACCAGCAGGAUGUGUAAAAAGGAUCCCAGUCCAGGAUCUGUGUUUGGACCAGGAAUCUCAGAGAAAAUCUCAGAGAAGCUCAGAGAAAAUGUACAAGUCUUAGCGACUGCUCAACCAUUCUUAGACCCUGAGUCUGGAAGUCUUUCAAGGCUUCCGUUUACCCUCUGUGGGAUCCUCCCAUCUUCACUUGCCUACUUUCAGGGUUAGAGAACUCACUAACUCACGGGACCACCCUAUAAGCUUGUUUGUUCAGACUAGUAUCAACAGUCUGUCUAAACUCUCCUCCCAGCCUUUGUCUAGCAGGAGACAGCAUCACCUCUCAGGAGUCUGUACAUGAUUUUAAACAAUUGGAGGCGACACCCAAGAAGUUCUGUGGUAUCCUAAUUGUGUGGUUCCACAUCCACCUGUCAAGUCCCAAGCCAGGGCAGGCAUGGCCAGCCCUGUGCUCGUGAGUCAGCUGCUCUCCAGUGUGUACCUGGUGACAGCUGGGCAGUGAGGGCAGAGAGGAGGCAGGCAGGCAGUGUCCAUCUGUUUCGGGGGUAGAGGGGAGGACUGUCUACUGACUUGCCGUCAAGAGCCCCAUAGGUGUGGGAUAGCCCACGCCACUGUGGACUGAAGCCCCAGCCCUCACCUUUGAUGGCCAGGAUGACAGCCCCCACCACCAUGAUGACUGUCUGCAGGGCAUCCGUGUAGAUCACAGUGGCCAGACCCCCUGAAAGGGAACAAGGUAGCUGGAGGGGAUCCCCUGGCCUUGAGGGAGAGGGGACCCAGGAGGCAACUUCCAGAGCUCCUGGUAGGCAAGCUAUGAGCAGAAGCACCACAACCUGCAAUCGUAUCCCCAGUCCUAGGCCUCCCCAGAGCUUGUAGGAGGAAAUGGCCCUCGACCUCCUACAUGCGUUCCCUGGUUCCCACCAAGCCACAGCGUGACAGUCAGGCCCUCCCUGGGGCAAUGCAUACCUGCGAUUGUGUACAAGGCUGUGAUGAAGAGCGUGAGGGUGGUAGAGAGGUAGAAAUUCCAUCCCAGGCAGAUGUGCACAAAGAGUGCCCCAGCGUACAGGUCAAUCUGGGGGAGGACAGUCCAAGCAGAGGUUGGAGGUUAACAUGGGCCAAUGGGCUCAGAGCCCAGAUGCUGCUGCUACCAACUGGCCAUGUGACCUGGGUGACCCAUGGAUGAGGAAGAGAGACCUCUGCCCGCUCACCUACCCAUAUGGAGCUGUUCUGACGGUGGGAGAAAGAACUGGCUGUGGACAGCUGUUUACUGCUGUGUUCAGAUGUACAGGGGAUGUUGCUGUCAUUAAUAAAGUCCAGAAUGGUCAAUGCCCACUGAUGCUUUGUUACUGAACUUGACCCAAGACUGGGGAACUCAAAGGGCAGAGCCCU